AUCGAUCCUUCCAUUGCCACACACUCACACACCACUCCUGUGUGUGUGAUCACCAAGCUUCUAACAGCCUGCCUCGCGUCCUUCGCUCUCAUGCAUCAUCAGCUCACAAAAACAAAUAUCUCCCUCUUCGGCGGCCGGCCAAGAUCGAGCUGGGAACAUCAUUAUUACUAGCUAGGUCGGUCUUCCGUGAUUAACCAGCAAAUUAGCAUCAUCAGGCCGGAUUUGUUUUCGUUUCUGAGCUGUCGGUAGUACAUUGUUCAUGUUCCAUUGCCGGCCAUCAUUCCCUCCUGCCGCAGCGUCGUCUUGAUCGAUCCCCUAUCUUUCCAUGUCGUCGCCGAGUAGUAGCCAGCUGGGCAUGCCGCCGGGGUCCAAGAGAUUCAGGCACGCCAUCCUCAAGAACCUGCUCCUGGGGCUCAGGAAGGGCGGCGCCGCCGCAUCGAGGGGCAUGGGCAUCCACGAGAGGAGGAGCGCCAUCAGGCGCGCCGCCGACGCCGCCCUCGCCACCGCCAGGGGCGCCGCGCCGCGCUGGAGCCGGUCCCUGGCGGCGGAGCUCUCGCAGUCGCAGGGCGACCGACGGCCCGUCCGGGACGCGCACCUUAUUCGUCCUGCCAACAGCGCGCCUGCUUCGUCGUCCGAAUGCAACAAUGCGUGCAGUAAGCGGAUGCCGAGGAGGAGGCUCCGAGCGCGGCCGAAGAGCAGAGCCACGGCGAAAGCGGCCGGCGUUCUCGCGAGGUUCAUGGUCAGGAAGAGGGCCAGGGCGCUGGGGGAGAUCGUGCCGGGAGGGAGAGGGAUGGACGAGUGCACGCUGCUGGGUGAAACCCUAGACUACGCCGUGUCUCUCAAAGCUCAGGUCGAGGCGAUGCAGCUGCUGUUGCGGACUCUUCAGGCCCCCAAGAACCCUACCUAGCACGACCACUUUUUUUACGCCGCGUUUGGGGAAGGCAUCUAAUGGAGUGUUGGGUUCUUGUGGUCUUUUGCAGUGCUGAAGAAUCAGUGAGCGUGGAGGAACUCCGUACUGAAAUCUGAUCAAAAUUUAUCGUUCAUCAUCACCGGUAAAGCUAAAAUUUGUAAGACAGUGCAUAUAGAGUUUUCCCCCUUCCUUUAUUCUUCUAAUACUCUUCCUUUUUGCUUCCUCUCUGUAGCAUGCAUAUGAGGCAUGAAGGAUCAUGUAUUAUUCAUACUAUGCAUAUGUACAGUACAAGUGCUCUAGCCUAUUACUACUGUGUAUAAUAUACGGUUACUCCAUAAAUCCAUGUGCAGCUAUGUAUCCCCCUGUGUCUGUAUUAGGAAGAAUCCACUCUUGUAGAUUUUGCGCCGUAUGUACUCGGGCAGUAUGUACUAAGAAUAUAUAUGUUCUGUGUAUAUAUGCA